AUGGAUUCCCUCUGCGACAACUGCGUAACUGGCGAGCGGCUCUCUGGAUCCCCAAGGGGAUCCAUCCUGACCUCGACCAGCCCCCUCAGCUCAUACUAUAGCCCCUUGAGUACCGAGACGAAGCCAAAGAGGGCCAUUGUCGUCAUCACAGACAUAUUUGGGCUUUCCAUCGACAAUCCCAUGGUGAUUGCGGACAUCCUGGGCGAAAAGUGCGCCGCAGAUGUCUGGGUACCUGAUAUUUUCAAGGGGAACCCACUCGUCAAUCUAAAGGGAAUCGAAUUCCCCUACGCUGACGUGCCCGGACAACAACUUACGCCAGAACAAGAGGCAAAGAAAAAUGCGGUUCUCGGUUCAGUUCGUGAGCGAGUGGGGGAGUUCCCGCCAGAUAAACAGGACCCAGAGAUUGCAGACUUUAUUCGUCAUAUUCGUCAAGAGCAUGGGUACGAAAAGAUUGGAGUUGUCGGUGCUCGCAAGACGAAUAAUGUGCAUAGAUAUUGCUGGGGUGGCGGCAACGCAAUUCGCGUAGCCGCAAUGGGAAACAAUAUUAUCGACUCGAUUGCGGCAGUUCAUCCUUCACAUAAUGUUCAGGACCCUAUAACCAAAGUGAAGAUUCCAAUCGGGUUCUUCAUUCCAGAAGAUGAUAUCGCAUGGGACAGAGACUUCGCUCAGAAGAUCAAGCAGGAAUGGGCCACAAGCCCCGACGCGCCCAGGCACCUCUUCAAGGAUUACUUGGGAGUUACACACGGCUUUGGAUCCCGUCCGAAUCUCGCCAUCCCACAGGUAAAGACCGCUUGGGAAGCCCUCACAAACGACCUUGUCGCUUGGCUCAACGAUACGCUCUAG